AUGGCGACUGAGCUGGGCUGUGAUUGGCUUGCAGCCAGCCUGUGUCUGGGGGGGUCGGACAUCUUGGCGGCGGUGAAGGAGAACAGCCCCACCGGCGAGUUCAUCGCUAACCUGAGCGUCACCGGGGACCCCCGAGCCUCCGCCAUCCGGCUCUGCCUCACCGGGAACAACUCAGACUGGUUCUUCCUGGAGGGGCGCACCAUCCGCCUCAACACCUCCUCCGCCAGAGUCCUGGACCGAGAGGUCCAGGGCCCGGUGCUGAUUGCAGAGCUGACGUGUUAUGAGGAUGAUGUCAUACAGAGCCAGUACCGGAUCCUGGUCCAGAUCCUCAACGAGAACGACAACCGACCCAACUUCCUGCCGGAGACGAUUCAGCCGUUCAGCGUCAGCGAGCUCACGGCGGUGGACUCGGUGGUGUUCAGCGUGAAGGCCGUCGAUGCGGACGGAGACAUGAUCAGAUACACCAUCGACCAAUCAUCACCGGACGCGUCGUUCUUCAGGAUCGAUCUACCGAACAGCGGGAACGUGGUCCUGGAUAAACCUCUGGACUACGAGACCAGGACCCAGCUGCAGCUGCUGAUCCGGGCUGAGGAAGCGAACUCUGUGGAGAAGUUCAACACGACCGCCAACCUGACGGUGAACAUCGAGGACGGAGACGACCAGUACCCUCACUUCCUGCCCUGCACACCUGUCUCUCCAGGUGUUCCUGUGUGCACCAACCCCACCUACACCGCCAACAUCACCGAGACACUGCAGGAGCUGACUCUGCAGUUUUCUCCUGGUCCAAUCAGAGCAGAGGACGGAGACAGAGGACUGGACGCUCCUCUGGUCUACAGCAUCCUGUCAGGUGACGAUCAGGGCAGGUUUGACAUUAACGAGCUCUCAGGUGAGAUCACGUUAACGAGACGCGUGGACGACCGACACCUGAUGCCCAGCUUCACCCUCAGAGUCAUGGCGGCUCAGCAGGAUGACCCUCUGAAGUACAGCGUGGCGGUGGUUCUGGUCCGGGUUCUCGGUCAGAACCUGUUCCCGCCUCUCUUCAACAGAACCAUGUAUAAAGGUUUCAUCAUCCAGAGCUCUAGUCCCGCCUCCAUCGUCUCCACCUACGGGAACCAGGUGCUGCUCGUCCAGGUGUCGGACCGGGACUUCUCUGACGUAAGAACAGCUGCACCUGUAUGA